AUGGGUGGUGAUGUAGAGGUUUAUGACAGAAUGGAAGCUAGGGAAAUUUGUUUACAAAUGUUGAAGGAUAUGAUUAAAAAUUUAGGGUAUAGUGAAGUAGGAGCACUAAUAUAUUGCCUUUCCAAUGAUGGUUUGAAGUUGCUGCAAUCUGACAUGGAUGUAAUAACAAUAUUGAAUGAGGACAACCCAGGCAAUAUGUUGGAGUUUUGGGUUGAAACAAUGGAUGAGGUGGACUUGGUUGAUGCUGAUAUGGAAGUACUGGAGACAGAAAGUGAUUGGGAAAAUGCAAUUGAGGUAGAGUGUUUGAAGGUAGAAGAGCAGGUUGCAGAACAGCAGAAGGUGGCAGAAAAGCAGAAGGCUGCAAAUGCAGAAGCUAGAGCUGUGGAUGAUGCUUUUGUGGAAAAUAGGAAAACAAAAAAAGUUAAGACCAAUGAUGAGGUGGAAAUUAAGUUUUCAGAUGAGGAGUCAAUUGUUGAUUCUGAUAGUGAUGUUGAGGGUAAGUGGCCUAUAUUUAGAGCUGCAACAGACAUGAAGGACCCACAGUUUAGGUUAGGAAUGACUUUUGCAUCUAAACAACAGUUUAGAGAGGCUGUGCAAAAUUAUGCUUUCAAUAAUGGCAAAGAGAUUAAAACUCUGAAAAAUGACAAGGAGAGGGUAAUUGUUAAAUGUACACAGGAGGGGUGUCCUUGGAGAAUAGGGUUGAGGAAAGUACUUGGUUCAAUGACAUGGAGGAUUUUGAAUAUGACAGAUGAACAUGAAGGCUGUAGUUGGGUAUGGGAAAAUGGUAUGGUUAAGUCUAAUGUGGUGGCUAAAAGGUGGUUAACUGAAUUGCAAGACCAUCCUGAUUGGAUGAUGAGGAAGUUCAAGGAUAAGGUGUGCAGUCAGGAGGGUUUUUAUGUUAGCAAUUCACAGGCCUAUAGGGCUAUUUGGAAGGCAAAGAAGCUAAGGCAAGGUAAAGUGGAAGAUACCUUUAAGAAGAUAUGGAGUUAUAAGGCAGAAAUAGAAAGAACAAACCCCAAGACAACCUGUCCUGUAAAACUCAGUGACCUAACUGAUGAAAGUGGCAAUUCUAGGUUUUUGAGAAUGUAUGUGUGUUGGGAAGCUAGCAAGCAAGGAUUCAAGCACUGUAGAAGAAUAAUAGGUUUAGAUGGGUGUCACCUUAGAACUGAAACUGGUGGGAUGCUACUAACAGCUGUUAGUAUUGAUGGCAAUGAUAGUAUAUUUCCACUAGCAUAUGCUAUUGUGGAAGGGGAGAAAAAGGAAUCUUGGACAUGGUUUCUACAACUUCUGAAAACUGAUUUGGAAAUAACUAGAGGUGUUGAGGAUGAAUAUUGCUUCAUUAGUGAUAAACAGAAAGGGUUGAUUCCUGCAUUUGAGAGUGAGCUACCUGGUGUGGAGAAUAGAUUCUGUGUGAGGCACCUUCAUGCAAAUAUGAAGGUGGCAGGUUUCCAAGGAAAGGCCCUUAAGGACUGCCUGUGGGCUUGUGCUAGGGCAACCACUUUGAAUGCAUUCAAUGUUGAAUUAAGUAAACUUAGGGGCUUAGAUGAAGAUGCAUACCAAUGGCUUGGUGAUAAGAGUCCAACAGAGUGGUCUAGAUCUCACUUUUCUACACAGUCUCAUUGUGACAUGUUGGUUAAUAACAUCUGUGAGUCAUGGAAUGGAUCUAUAAGGGAUGCAAGGGACAAACCCAUUAUUGAAUGUCUUGAAAUACUAAGGAAAAUGUUGAUGGGCAAGUUCUUUGAGAAAAGACAAAAAGCUGCAGAGUGGAAAGCCUUGCUAUGUCCUGCAAUUGUGAGAAAGCUUAAGAAAAUUGAGAAGGAUGCAUCAACAUACCAUGCAACACAAUGUGAUUUCCAUAAGUUUGAAGUAAGCCAUUUAUAUGGGGAUCAACAAGAGGUUGAUCUGGAAGCAAAAAAGUGUUCCUGUAGGGUUUGGGACCUAACUGGCAUUCCAUGCAAACAUGCCAUUUGUGCUAUAUGGAAAAAGCAUGGAAAGGGUUCAGUUACUGACUAUGUCCAUCCCUGCUACUCCAAAGAGACCUACUUGAAGGUAUAUGGUGGUUGUAUCAACCCUAUGACAGGUCCAGAUGAUUGGCCACAAUGUGACAGAACCCCACCAUUGCCUCCUUUGUAUACUGCCAAGGUUGGGAGGCCCAAAAAGCAAAGGGCAAGGUCAGCUGCUGAAUUGACAAUAGAUGGAAAGUAUGUGUCCAGACAACACAUUCAGUUACAUUGUGGACUGUGCAGGCAACCUGGCCACAAUGCAAGGAAAUGUCCUACAAAUCCAAAUAAAAAGUUGAAGCCAAAAAAAAGAUUCAUCUAUAGUGCAAGACAAAUCCCCAUCCACCUUCCUUCAGGGCACAACCAGCCUCAUGAGGGUGUAGCUGAGACAGAAGACCACUUUCCCUCUGGUGACCAGCAGCAGCAGGAGCUAGAUGACCUACCAGCAGCACAGCAGCUAGAUGAGCAGGACCAAAGCCAAUCCAAGGACAGUAAGGGCAAAAGGAAAUUGAGGCCCUCCAAUAGGAAAAAACCCUAUUAUACCAGGAGCAAGACCACCUUCAAAUCCAAGUUCUUUGGAAAUAAGGGUGAACCAAUUGACCUUGAGUGA